CUGAUUGAGCAAAGUGCUUCGCUGCAUUUCGAGCCUUCAUCUCUCUCUCCCUGCGUCCAGUCAGCAGCCAAAAUGGCGCGCGCCAGACGCUCCCGCAGGCUCCUCGACUGCCUCAGCGCCAUCACGAUCGAGCCGAUGCUCUUCGUUAAGACUAUGGCCACCGACGCCUCUUACGCGACGUUCCAGAACAUGAGGCUCGACCGGUUCUGCCAGGUAACGCUGGGUUACUCAGCCGAAGUGUGCGACAGCUUGAGCGACGGACAUCACCAGGACGCCGAAGUGGAAGUGCAGAAGCUGGCCAACGUCUUCAACUUCUACAGCAGACUGAUCUCGAGCAUUAUUCCAGUCCUGAUGAUCUCGUUCAUCGCGGCCUGGAGUGACCGGAGGGGCAGGAGGAUGCCGAUCCUUUUGGGCCUCUUUGGCCUCGCCCUCUCUGCCGGCACUUAUUUCUUGGUGUCCUUUUUCCCCUCCUGGCCUCCGGAAGUUCUGUACGUGGCGGCAUUCUGUAACUCCCUCGGGGGUAUUCCGUUGUUCUACAUGGCCGCCUACGGCUACGUCGCAGACAAGUCGGAGAUUUGCUCACGGACGAAACGCCUCGCCAUCGUGAGAGGCAUCUGGUUACUUGGAACUCCUGCCGGUACAACCACAGGAACUCUCAUCUUUAGUGCGGGAGGGUACACGUGGGUAACUGGCGUUUGCACGAUUCUCUACGUACUGUGUUUUGUCUACUCGGCAAUCAUCAUAAAAGACAAUGAAAAACCAAGAGAUGGGGGUGGAGGAACGGCAAAGCAACGCCCUUUGUACAGCCCUAUGAACGUUGUGGACUUGUUCUGCACCUGUUUCAGAAAACGCCAAGGGAGGGGUCGUCUUCACAUCUCGACACUCAUGUGCAUGAUGCUCUUUUGCAACAGCACAGUGGUACAAAAUAUCAUCUACCUCUGGGGGUUGCGAGUUCUCAACUGGGACAUCUAUUCCUACAGUAUCUUCUCCAUUACUAAUGACGUCAGUCAGGCGGUUAUGAUACUGCUCUUGACUCCCGCGUUCUUGUAUUUCCGUCUGCACGACUGUUCUCUGGGGGGGAUAACCGCAGUGCUUGUGUUCACCCGGCUCUUGGCACUGGGCAUGACCACUAAGCCGAGUCAGUGGUGGGUGCCCUACCUCUUCAUUUUGAUUCCAGACGAAUAUCUCAGCAUCGCUAUCAGGAGUCUCAUGUCGAAGAUCUGUGAGAAGGACGAGAUCGGCCGCGUGUUCGCCAUGUUGGCUGUCCUGGAGGUCUUCUGGCCCAUCGUCGACAGCGCCAUCUUCACGAGCGUCUACGGAGCCACGAUCGAGUUCUACCCGUCGUUCGAGCACCUCGUGGGAGCCGGAUUCGCCUUCCUUGGGAUCGCGGGAUUCCUGGGCCUGAGGCUGUCCCUCAACAACGACCAGAUCCGAGCGCUGAAGAAGAAGAAGAAGAUGAUGAUCAUCGACGCAGAGAAGGCCGCAGUGGUCAAAAGUCACCCGGUUUUGGUCAGAACCUGAAUCGAGUCGUUUCGAUCAAAGCGUGGCGUGACAUAGUACUACUCAUCUCAGGCUGGUGCUGCAGAGGGCAUUCAAGAUUUGCAACUUUAUAGAUCCGAUAGAAUUGUUAUUAUUUAAUUAUUCUAACGAAGGGGGAAAGAAUUUUGUACUUCAGGAGUGAUUGAUGAAUUGACUGAUUUAUAUAGACUUUUGUUUGUUUGUAUGGUGUUUUUUUCACGUUGCAUGGAACCAGUAUGGGUAUUCAGCAACGGGACCAGCGGCUUUAUACGUGACUUCCGAACCACGUCAAGAGUGAACUUCUAUCACCAGAAAUACACAUCUCUCACACCUCAAUGGAAUGCCCGAGAAUCGAACUCGCGGCCACCGAGGUGGCACGCCAACACCAUACCGACCACGCCACUGAGACGCUUUUAUAUAUAUAUAUAUAUAUAUAUAUAAUAUAUAUAUAUAUAUAUAUAUAUAUAUAUUUAUAUAUUCUCCCGUACAUGCCAAGCAUUGGAGGCAACUACAAGGCCAUUCAGCGCUGAAACGGAAAUAAGACAGUGACUAGGCUUUGAAAGGCGUAA